CAGGCCCAAGCCGGAGUUUCGAAAAGGGCCUUAGUUCAGAAUGAUCAAUGGAGGGCGCUAGUACACAUGUGCUUGUUUCUACAUCCGAUCCUCCUGCCUCUCUCUCUCUCUCUCCGCAGAGUAAACAAACAAUACUCCUAAGAUCAGAUUACAGAGAACUAAAUGAAUCAGAUGCAAGAACAGUGAGGGAGGUCAGGUAGGUGGCAUAUUCUACCUCCUUGGUAUGGCUGCUCGGAAGACAAACAGUUUUCUGUUCAACAGAAUUCUGUCCAAUUUUCCAAAAGAUAUGACGAUGGCCUUUGCCUAUGGGUCGGGUGUCUUCAAACAGAUUGGCAACAAAGACAAGAACAACAUGAUUGAUUUUGUCUUUGUCGUGGACAAACCCAAGCACUGGCAUCGUAUGAAUCUACAGAGAAACCCCGAUCACUACUCGGCUUUAAGACACCUCGGGGCAGAGAGGAUCGUCAAGAUCCAGGAAACGGGAGCUGGAGUUUACUAUAACACACUGGUUAGGUGUGAAGAUAAGCUCAUCAAGUACGGUGUCGUCAGUCAAUCGACCUUGAGUCAUGACCUGGUUCAUUGGGACACUCUCUACCUCAGCGGACGACUCCAUAAACCGGUACACAUUAUUAAAAGAAGCAGUAGUGACCGACUGUACAACGCAAUACGCAGAAACCUUCAGAGCGCCCUCUACGCCAGCUUGCUGCAGCUUCCAGAGUCCUUCACUGAGGAGGAGUUAUUCAACAAGAUUGCUGGCUUGUCAUAUGGGGGUGAUUUCCGAAUGAUCUUUGGCGAAGAUAAGAAUAAAGUGGGGAAUAUUGUCCAGGCAAACCUUGAUGGAUUCCGGACAUACUACCAGGACAUGCUGAAUACUACAGAGCAUAUCUACUGGAAUCCACUAACAAGAACCAUUGAGCAAGACAGGAGUCCUGCUUGUAUGUACUCCCACCUGAACUGUCUACCAAGAAACCUACAGUUACACAUCGCACGAUUGGCUGGAAGUGCGACACAUGAUGUAGGGGAGGUACUCACAAGAAUAGCGCGGGAGAAACAGUGCACAGACUUUGUUGCUAGAGCUGCAAGAAAUAUUGUACGGAGUUCAAGCAUCACCCAGAGUGUAAAGGGUAUACUGACAGCAGGCCUAGCCAAAACAACCAAAUACAGCUUGCAGAAACUCAGAAAGAUGUGGCGAGGAGGACUAUUGCCAAGGUGACAGUGGACAGGUUAAAGGUCACGUGGGUGAUCUUACUUUCCUUGUAAAGAUCUCAGGUUGAAAUGUGCAUUAAUUUCUUCUAAGAGAUAAAUAUAAAGAUAUAAGCAUUUAUUAUCCACCGUUUAUCUAAUGUAUAAUACCCUAUAUGUAUUCCAAGUCGCAGCAUAUAAAAUACAACAAUAGAGAAAUAUACAAAGAUACAAAUCAUCAAGUGGCCGAAUAUAUACACAUUAUGGGAUAUGUUUACUAUCACUAACUACACAGGGAUCACUCCAGUUCAUUCCCAUCAAAGAGACAC